AUGCCGUUCCUUGCUGGCCUGAUCCUUGGAGCUGGCAUUGCAACUGUUGCUGGACUCAGCACAAACCAUAGCAUUUGUGUGAGUAACACGGGCCAGCCAUACGAUCACUGGCACUGUGAUGAUCUGGGGCCCCAACGAGGAUGCGUGUGGCAGCAGAAUCAGUGCGUGUGCAAAAACGGUGGGUGGUAUGCCAAAAGCAGUCAUUAUUGCUGGCCACCAGGAUCCUGGACAGAAGUUCCAACCCAACGGCCUUUGCCUCCUGCGCCACCAACCUCACCGAAGCCGGACUCCCCCAACCUCUUUGACCUCAUGGUGUCCUGGUGUCAGCCCCAUUGGAUUGCAGGGAUCCUCGAUGCCCUCUUUGGCGGCUGUUGCUUGUGCUUCCUGCCUUGUACUCGACAGAACCUCCGUCGCUACAUCCGACGGCAGCCCCUCGCUGCUGGCGCUCCGCAGACUCCUAUGCUGCGGAACCAAGGCCAUGAUG